UACAAAAGAAUUUUCGUUAGUAUUUUUUUAAUUUAUUUAUAUAAAUUUAUUACUAUAAAUUUUAAAAUGAAGUGCAAAAUUCCCGAAAUAUCGUGGCACAAUCGUGAUCCCGUAUUAAGUGUUGAUAUACAACCAAAAUCAAAUGCGAGCAGUAAUUACUACCGUCUGGCUUCUGGUGGUACUGAUGCUCAUGUAUUAAUAUGGUAUAUGAAAUCAAUAUCUUCCGGAGAACAUGGUGAUAUCGAAUUGGAUUUAGCUGCUGAUUUAACACGGCAUCAAAGAGCCGUUAAUGUUGUCAAAUGGUCGCCAAAUGGGGAACUUUUGGCUUCGGGAGAUGAUGAAAGUGUUGUUUUCAUAUGGAAACAGAAAUCCGACAGUGAACCUUUGAAUAUUUUGGACUCUACAAAUGAACAAGACAAGGAAGUGUGGAUUACAUUAAAAGUAUUGCGCGGUCAUAUGGAAGAUAUCUAUGAUUUGAGUUGGGCUCCCAAUUCGUUGUAUUUGGUAACGGGCUCAGUUGAUAAUUCGGCCAUGGUAUGGGAUGUUCAAAAAGGUAAAUCCAUGUCGAUUUUAAAUGACCAUAAAGGAUUCGUGCAGGGUGUGGCCUGGGAUCCUAAAAAUCAAUACAUAGCCACAUUGAGUACUGACAGGUAUUUGCGCAUUUUCGACAUACAAUCGAAAAAAGUACUUUAUCGCGUGAGCAAAGGUACUUUACCAGUUCCAGAAGACAACAAUUUGCAUGGCAAACGUAUGCGUCUAUUUCAUGACGAUACACUACAAACAUUUUUCAGGCGUUUAUGUUUCACACCUGAUGGUAAAUUAUUAUUAACACCCGCUGGUGUUACGGAUUAUGAGGGAUGCACUAGACCUUUAAAUACCACAUAUGCCUUCAGUCGUUACGGUUUUCGUCAGCCGGCCAUAGUACUACCAUGUCCUGAUCAAUAUACUGUUGCGGUUAAAUGUUGUCCGUUGUUGUUUAAAUUACGGCCUUUUAAUGGCGAGAAAAAUCCACCAGUUGUACCUUUACCCUACCGUAUGAUAUUUGCAGUAGCAACCAAGAGCUCGGUGUAUUUCUAUGAUACUCAGCAGAAACAACCAUUUGCUCUAAUUUCAAAUAUACAUUACACACGUUUGACCGACAUUACCUGGUCAAACGAUGGUCGCAUUGUUGUAGUGUCCAGUACAGAUGGUUUCUGUUCUCUUAUCACUUUUGAAGAGGGUGAACUAGGUGAGGAAUAUGAAAAUUCAGAGGCAGCGCUGGAAGCUGCUUUAGCACAGGUUACCAAGAAAACAAAAAAACAAAAGGACAAUGAAGCUUCAGCAAAGACAAGAAAACCUUCUACUGAUGAUAGCGCCGCUGCAAAGGAAGCCGUGAGUGUGCAAAAAGAACCACAGUUGCAAAAAGUAGUUGAACAAGAGAAGAAACAAAUACCCAGCAAUACGGAUGAAACUAAAAAGAAAGAGAAGCCAUCGGAGGACAAGCAAGCAGUGCCUAUAGCCAUUAAGAGAAAACCUACUGAGAGUGACGUCAAAGAAGAUACUAAAAAGGCUAAUCCAAUACCGAUAAAACGCAAACCAGGACCAGUGGAUAAGUCAACAACAAAUGCAAAUGACGAGAAAACUGAUAAAAAGACCGGAACUAAUACAAAUACUGAAGAAAUAAAAGAAGAUACAAUUCAGGCUAAACCAAUUGCUAUUAAACGUAAACCAGGACCUGUGGACGAUGCAACGACAAACACUAAUGAAGAAAAAACUAAACACAAGCCCGAAACUGAAGCAAACGCUUUGGAAAAUAAGAAGGACGUCAACGAGGCUAAACCAAUUGCUAUAAAACGCAAACCAGGACCUGUUAACGAAGCAAUGACAAACAACACUGUAGAUCAAACUAAACUCAAAUCCGCUACUGAUAUAAACACUGCCGAAAAGAAGGAGGACGUUAACAAGGCUAAACCAAUUGCUGUAAAACGCAAACCAGGACCUGUUGAUGAAACAACAACAAGGACUAAUGACGAAAAAACUGAACAAGAACCUCUACUUGUUACCAACACUGAAGACAAAAAUGAAACUUCGACAAAACCCGCAGAAGAUGCAACACCCCCUAAAAAAGCAGCCAUAGCUAAAGUUUUGGCUGCUGAUAUUAUUAUAGAUAAAGAAAUCUUAAGUACAGAUGAAAAAUUCGAAUCACCAGAAAAGAAAAGUCGCCCUGUUACACCAAUAACCGUUAGGAGACAUCCGCGUACACCCAGCAGUUUGCCGCAAACACCCACAUCUAUGACAAAUAUUCUUAAAUCACAAUCUCCAAUAUCGUCUUUACCAAAAGAAAAGAGUACUCCGCGCCAAGACAAAAAAGCUAAACCAAUAGCAGUUAGAAGGGCACCAAGAGCUAUUAUUUCAACACCAUCGGUUGUUAACUCAACAUCUUUGGUUGAGGAGGCCAUGGAUGCCUGGCCCCUUAAUAAAGAAUCUAAUACUGAAACCACACAAGAGACUCUUCCCGAACCCAAUAAAGAACCCCUUAAAGAAUCUGGCAUAACACCUUUGACGGUUAGUGAGACCACUUGUGAACGUACAGAAGAUAUACGUCUGGUGUAUGAAGAAACAAAUGAGGCAACACCGCUAAAUGAAUCAUUGCCAAAACCUUUAGAAGUCGCGGAGAUUAAUGCAGACAUAGUUGAGAAAAAAGCAGAUGAUAUUUCAAAACCACAGACACCGAGUGGCAACAAGACACCAAGACGUGUAGCUUUAAAAACGAUUUCAACACCAAAAUCGAAAAAGAAAUUAUUGGAUUAACUAAGUUUAAUUGAUAUGAAAGUGAAAAUAUAACCCUUUUUUAAAAAAAUAAUUUCGAAUUACAUUUUUAUUAUUCUGUUCUUUUUUAAAAAGUAUUAAAUUUUUCUAAUUAAUAAAUAGUAUUUGAAACAUAAUUUGUUAACAAUCAAA